UAUCCGUACUUCGAAGUGUGCCGAGGGACUCAAGCAUUCAGUUUGAGUUUGCUGACUUUUGCUUUUUUGUAUAGAUAUGUAUAUUUCUGUAUCUACAGGGCUCACCUGUCAAAAUAGUAAUACAAAAAAAGUGUGUGUGUAUUAGGACACCCAUUCCUCAGUUUCAUAUAGAAUUUUGCUGAAACUCAUUCCUCUUGAUUUCCUGUAAUUCAAUACCAGUGGGUAAAAAUAUGUGUGGGGGCACAGCGCAGGAGAAACAUUAGAAGCAUAGCUGCUGCUGGGAGCCAGUAGCGCCAGAGUCUUGAGUGAGUGACCUGAAACAAAAAUGAACAGUUCUCCAGUCUGAGAUGCCGAAGAGAUUCCUGUGUUCUUGUUUCUAGUGAGGUGACCAGGAGGACUGGGGCUUUUGGAAGAGGCAGGGGGGUGUCGGACACGGUCUGUCUAUAUUUCAGAAGGCACAGUUGCRACAAGGCUGAGGUUUGGCUGGAAUGGGAGUUCUGCCCUUUAAAGCCUUGGUGCAGYUCUCWGUGACUGGGUUGAGUUCAGCUCCUUAAAGAGGCGGACCACUGGGGUUACUUCAGUCUGAGGGGCUUGUGCGUUUGGGUCGUGGUUCCACAGAAGAGUGCCUGACCUCCCCUGACUACUAGCCUUACAGAGCAGCCCUGAGAGGAAUGUAGGUUGUCACCAGAGCUAUUUUGGCUAUGUGCAGCCGCUAAUGAUUGUAAUCACAGAGCAGAACGGGACUCGGAGAAGUUGCCUUGCCGCYGUUMGUUUUUCCUCCYCAGCAGGUCUCUUGCCAUGCCAYRCUCACUACUGKCUCCCAGGGAUUAGAGCGYUAGACGAAUGGCACGUCGGCUCCGCUUGCACUUUGCGUCGAGRAGAAGCAACACRGAUCCUCURUCAGAGAGCCUGAGCAGCCAUGGUGAGGAGAGCGGUCUCUGUGUGUCAACCCGCAGCCCCRCAGAGAGCCUAGCRCACAGCUCUGUCCAMAUGAAGGUGAUUCCAGGGCAGYUAGCCUUGGCUUUGCCUCCMCUGUCMCCGGAGUACGGUAAUUUACAGCGCUACUCAUCCGUAUUUAUACCCAAGGUGAACACCGGCAGCGUCAGCAAGAAGAGUACUCUGCAGAUCUCCCUGCAGCCCCGUGGCAAGCUGAAUGGAGAGCAGGAGAACAGCACUGAGGGCGGGGAGCCAGGGGUCGGCGAGGUGGGAGCAGGCAGUGGCUCAGACGGGUUAUCCUGUAGCAGCAGCACGGCCAGCGACGCAGGCUACUGCAGCAGCAGCAGCAUCUUUGAGCCAGAGCUCCCAGAUCAGCGUAGAGCAGCCCAGGAGAGGAGUCUGCCCCGUAGGAAAGCCAGGGUCCCCCUGAGACGCUGCUCCUCCCUGGUUAUAUUUCCACGGAGCCCCUGUAAUACACCACCAGCCUCCCCGGUCAGCCCUGUGGCUCUACCCGCCCUGCCUCCAGUCAGGGGCUCCUACCAGACUUCUCACCAGCUCCAGUUGUCCCCCAGUGAGCCCCUGCAGGAGGACGAGACGGGUACCUCGAAAGCGUCCAUCGCCACGGCGAUGAACGGCCUGCGACUCUCUAAGAGCAGCUUUCCGUCAGUGGAGUUCAGAGACGCCAGGCCCAUGGUGCAUUUUAACGUUCCGCUUCUGGAUAAACCUAAAGACAAAAUGGAGGAGUGUGAGAAGACUGACCGCUCUGAAAAUUUAGACCGACACUCCAGUGUGCUACUGCACUUUGCACACCAGCGACUAAUGUCUGGGAAGGCAUCUACAAACAGAACAACAGUCAAUGUUGAAUGUCCUGAAUCUCCAAACCAGGCCCCUCAGUCGGAGCGUGAAUGUGGCCCUCGCCACAUUAAGCUGUUUCACAGCACCUCGGCUUGCUUGCUCCCCUCAGCUAAACUUUCAGAGAGGAGCCAAAGUGCCGGUCGCGCAGACAAUGGAAAUGGACAGGAAAUGCCUGAGCAAAACCAUUGUCAUCACGCCUUACAAAGGAGCUUUUCUCUGGAAGUCCCCUACCAUAAUACUGGUAUUUCAUGUCACGUUUCCAACCAAAAACUAGCUAACUCUCCAUAUGUGCACAUCCAUGUGUCCCACGGCUCUGGGGCAAGGGUCUCUAGCCCUGUCAUUGACGUAAACACUAACCACAAAGGGGAUCACAUACAAAAGAGCCCUGCAAGAAAGACCAUGACACGUGAUGACUUUCUGGGGCAGGUGGAUGUACCAUUACACCAGAUACCGACAGAAAAUCCUAACAUUGAAAGGCCAUACACAUUCAAGGAUUUUCUACUUCACCCGAGAAGUCACAAAUCCAGGGUCAAAGGUCAUCUCCGUCUGAAGAUGACCUACCUACCCAAAAACAACUCAGAGGAUGCUGCAGAACAGACUGAAGACAUGGAUCCUAGCUGGGAGUUUUUAGAGGGCCAGGACAUGUCCGGUCCCAGGCACAACCACCUGUUGCCUGCAAUGCCCCCUGGCUGGGAGGAGAGGCAGGACAACCUGGGCAGGACCUACUAUGUCAACCAUGAAACCAGGACCACACAGUGGCACAGGCCCAUAGUACAAGACAGCCAGGUAGAGGCAGAGCAGAGGCAAAACAUCCACAUGGAGGCACAGCACGCCUUCACCGCCCGCAGGCAGAUCUCCGACCAAGAGGACUCCAACGACAGACAACAAGAGUCAACGGAGAGUUGGGAAAUCAUAACAGAGGAUGAGUCCACCUUGUACAACAGCCAGCGCUCCCCCCCUCCACCCCACUCCCCCCUGGAGUUUCACUCCUUCUGUGAUGAGCUCAGUCGCCUCCAGGCCUCGGGUGCCACAUCCGGCAACCGACGUACCUCCCUCCAGCUGCAGGGCCCUUCCAGUCAUUCAAGUCACUCCAGUCGCAGAGGCAGUGCCCAGACACUGACAGUUGAGGAGCACCCUGUUCAUCCUGUGUUGUUAGCAACCUCAGCGGGGCUGCCUCCAGGCUGGGAGGAGAAGCAGGAUAGUAAGAGCAGACCCUACUACGUUAAUCACAACAGCAGGAUAACCACUUGGACACGGCCAGUCAUCCAGAUAACCUCAGACGCAGCAGCCCARGCUGUUCUGUCCCAGAACGCCACUGUGUACCAGCCCCCCAUGCUCUCUCCUGAGGGCUCCCCCCAGCACUCCCCCAGCUCACAGAGGGAGUGUGGCUUCAUGCCGGCGGGCUGGGAGGUCCGCAAUGCCCCCAACGGAAAACCCUUCUUCAUCGACCACAACACUAAGACCACUUCCUGGGAAGACCCCAGGUUGAAGAUUCCUGUGCACAUGAGGAGGAGACCUUCGCUAGACCCAACUGACCUCGGGCCAAUGCCGCCUGGCUGGGAGGAGAGGGUCCACAGUGAUGGGAGGAUAUUCUACAUAGAUCACAACACGAAGAACACACAAUGGGAUGACCCCAGAUUGCAGAAUUCAGCCAUAACUGGACCAGCUGUGCCUUACUCCAGAGACUAUAAACAGAAGUAUGAAUACUUCCGGAAGAAGCUGAAGAAACCGGCUGACAUCCCCAACCGCUUUGAGAUGAAGCUCAGGCGGAACACCGUGCUAGAGGACUCCUACAGACGAAUCCUGUCAAUCAAGAGGGCCGACUUCCUGAAGGCGCGGCUGUGGGUGGAGUUUGAGGGAGAGAAGGGCUUGGAUUAUGGGGGCGUGGCCAGGGAGUGGUUCUUCCUAAUCUCCAAGGAGAUGUUCAACCCCUAUUAUGGGCUGUUUGAGUAUUCUGCCACGGACAACUACACUCUGCAGAUCAACCCCAACUCAGGCCUCUGCAAUGAGGACCACCUGUCCUACUUUAAGUUCAUUGGCCGUGUGGCAGGCAUGGCUGUCUACCAUGGAAAGCUGCUGGACGCCUUCUUCAUCAGGCCUUUCUACAAGAUGAUGUUGCAGAAGCACAUUACUCUACAGGACAUGGAGUCUGUGGACAGUGAGUACUUCAACUCCCUGAAGUGGAUAUUGGAGAAUGACCCGAUAGACCUCGAUCUGAGAUUCACCAUAGACGAAGAGCUCUUUGGACAGACCCACCAGCAUGAGCUGAAGCCAGGAGGAUCUGAAAUAGUAGUCACCGAUGACAACAAGAAGGAAUACAUCCAUCUUGUCAUGCAGUGGAGGUUCGUGAACAGGAUACUGAAGCAGAUGACCGCAUUCAAGGAGGGAUUCUAUGAGUUGAUACCCCAGGAUCUCAUCAAGAUCUUUGACGAGAAUGAGCUGGAGCUCCUGAUGUGUGGCCUGGGAGACGUGGAUGUGAACGACUGGAGGGAGAACACCAAGUACAAGAAUGGCUACUGUCCCAACCAGCCUGUCAUCCUGUGGUUCUGGAAGACUGUUCUGCUGAUGGAUGCAGAGAAGCGUAUCCGCCUGUUGCAGUUCGUGACUGGCACCUCCCGGGUCCCAAUGAAUGGCUUUGCAGAGCUCUAUGGGUCUAACGGACCACAGCUGUUUACCAUUGAGCAGUGGGGAACACGAGACAAACUACCUAGAGCCCACACAUGCUUCAACCGGCUGGACCUGCCUCCCUAUGAGUCGUUUGAGGAGCUGAGGGAGAAGCUACACAUCGCCAUAGAGAAUGCACAAGGCUUUGAUGGAGUGGAUUAGGGGAGUGUGUGGCCUAUGGCACAGAUGUUAAAAUGGCAGUUACUGCCAGUGAACUGAGGGCUAGCACCAAGUUUUGUGCUGUAGUUCUGUUUAAUGCUGAUAAAACACAUAAUAUUCAGGUCCAGACCUGACCUGCCAACCGCCUGAGAAGAUGGAGAACAGUCACAGACAGCAAAGUCUUAGGUGCUCCUCUCUCCUGCACAGUGGAAGGGAUGGAUGAGUGAAAAUCACUUCUUAAAUCACUCUUGGUCUGUGAAGUUUACAAAUAGUUUUUUUGUGUCUCGUAAAUAUGUAUGUAUACUUAUACCAGAUCUAUAUACAAUUUAUCAAAUGCAUUAUAUCAUACAGAUAUUAUUGUUCAUCUAUGAUAAACAUUCUAUCAUGAGGAGAUUGACAUUGGACUUCGAUAUACAUUACCGUAUAUACACUGGUGUCGAAAGCAUUUCACAGGGAUGCUGGCCCAUGACUCCAAUGCUUCCCACAGUUGUGUCAAGUUGGCUGGAUGUCUUUUGAGUGGUGGACCACAGGAAACUUGAGCGUGAAAUACCAAGCAGUGUUGCAGUUCUUGACACAAACCGGUGCGCCUGGCACCUACAACAAUACCACGUUCAAAGGCACAUAAAUA